UCCUCCUCUCUGAUAAGAAGAAGACACACAACACAAACACAAAAGACUAUUCUUCGUCACUUUGGUACAGAGAAGCGAUAAUAAUGGCGUUUAAGGGUUUGGCGUGGUUCUCGAUCCUUUUGUUGUCUUUGUUCGCUUCGUCUAUUAGAAGCGAAGAGGCGAAAGAGUUCGUCUUGACUCUGGAUCACUCUAACUUCACCGAAACCAUCAACAAGCACGAUUUCAUCGUCGUCGAGUUCUACGCCCCUUGGUGUGGUCACUGUCAGAAGCUUGCUCCUGAGUAUGAGAAGGCUGCAUCAGAGUUGAGCAGUCAUAGCCCUCCCCUAGCUCUUGCCAAGAUUGAUGCCAGUCAGGAAGCAAACAAAGGGAUUGCAAACGACUACAAGAUUCAGGGUUUCCCAACUAUCAAGAUUCUGAGAAGUGGAGGGAAAACUAUUCAAGAUUACAACGGACCUCGUGAAGCCGAGGGUAUUGUCACUUAUUUGAAGAAGCAAAGUGGCCCUGCUUCUGUUGAAAUUAAGUCAGCUGAUGUUGCAGCUGAGGUUGUGGGUGAAAAGAAUGUUGUUGCUGUUGGUGUGUUCCCUAAAUUAUCCGGCGAGGAGUUCGAUUCUUUCAUGGCCCUUGCUGAGAAAUUGCGUGCUGACUAUGAUUUCGCACACACUUUGGAUGCCAAGCAUCUUCCUCGUGGAGAUUCAUCUGUUGCAGGACCUGUCGUGAGGCUAUUUAAGCCUUUUGAUGAACUCUUUGUUGAUUCCAAGGAUUUCAAUGGGGAAGCUCUAGAGAAAUUCAUCAAAGAAUCCAGCAUUCCACUUGUCACCGUCUUUGACAGUGAUCCAAGCAACCACCCAUAUGUUGCCAAAUUCUUUGAAAGCCCUGCCACUAAGGUAAUGAUGUUCAUUAACUUCACCGAAGCAACAGCUGAAUCUCUAAAAUCAAAGUACCGUGAAGUUGCUACAUCCAACAAAGGUCAAGAUCUUUCAUUCCUUCUUGGUGACGCUGAGAGCAGCCAAGGCGCUUUCCAGUACUUUGGACUUGAAGAAAGCCAAGUUCCCCUCAUCAUCAUCCAAACUCCUGAUAGCAAGAAGUAUUUGAAAGCAAAUCUAGAGGUUGACCAGAUUGAAUCAUGGGUCAAGGACUUCAAGGACGGAAAGGUUGCCGCACACAAAAAAUCUCAACCUAUUCCAGCUGAGAACAACGAACCAGUGAAGGUUGUUGUAGCUGAGAGCCUUGAUGACAUAGUUUUCAAGUCUGGAAAGAAUGUUUUAAUUGAAUUCUACGCACCAUGGUGUGGACAUUGCCAAAAACUUGCUCCUAUCUUGGACGAAGUGGCUUUGUCAUUCCAGAACGACCCAAGUGUGAUCAUAGCUAAGCUAGACGCAACUGCAAAUGAUAUCCCAAGUGAUACCUUCGAUGUGAAAGGUUUCCCGACCAUUUACUUCAGAUCAGCGAGCGGAAACGUUGUAGUGUACGAAGGAGACAGGACAAAAGAGGACUUCAUAAACUUCGUAGAGAAGAACAGUGAGAAGAAGGCGGCAACUUCUCAUGGGGAAGAGUCUACUAAGACUGAGGAAGCAGCAACAAAGGAUGAACUGUAGAAGUUUUGUUCUCUUUUGUUUUAUUCGGAAUUUGAGUAGGAGCAUUUCUCUUCUUCCCCCUAUCAAACAGAAUUCUUCUUUUUUAUAUAUUUUAUAGUUUUGCUCCCUUUGUUUGAAACCCAUCAAUAAAAAAAGUUCCGGUUAGAGGAACCUAAAUAAAUCAUUUAAAUGUGUUUGAUC